UAUGAACCCCAAAAAGGGCAUAAUAUGGACUCUUUAAUUUGAUUUUGUGCAUUUAUUAAUUUAUCAUUUUUAUUUCCUUCAGUCACGCUCUGGAGUCGUACACCGCCCUGCCUUACAACCAGAGGAGCCCCUGCCCCCCCAACCCCAUCAACCGCCCCGCCUACCAAGGCAGCAACCCCAUCAGCGACGUCUGGUCCCGCCACGCCCUUAAUGUCCUCGCCAAGUACAUGAAACGAGCGGUGCGGGACCCUGAGGACCUGGAGGCCCGGUCCAGCAUGCACCUGGCCAGUGUGUUUGCUGGGAUUGGUUUUGGAAACGCUGGAGUUCAUCUGUGUCACGGGAUGUCUAUCCGAUCGCUGGCAACGUGAAGACUCACUCAGCGAAGGGUUACAGCGUGGAGCACGCCCUGGUGCCUCAUGGUCUCUCAGUCGUCCUCACGUCUCCGGCCGUCUUUCAACUUCACAGCUCCAAUGUGUCCAGAGCGCCACCUGGAGGCUGCAGAGAUCCUUGGUGCAGACAUCAGUCAGGUGAAGCGGGAGGAUGCAGGUCCUGUUCUUGCAGACACGCUGCGUCAGUUACUGUACGACCUGAAGGUGGAGGACGGACUCGCUGCUGUGGGCUAUAGUAAAGACGACAUCCCGGAUCUGGUGAAAGGAACCAUCCCUCAGGAGCGAGUGACCAAACUGUCCCCCAGAGAACACACCGAGGAGGACCUGAGCCUCCUGUUUGAAGCCUCUAUGAAGCUAUACUGACCACACAGACACACACAUACACACACACACACACACACACACACACACACACUGUGUCUUUAAACUGAUCUCCUGUCUGCUUUGUGUUGAGCUGCAGUUCCUCUAACAGCCACUAGAUGGUACUGUUUCUCCUCUGACACUCACCUCUACCUCAUUUUAUAUAAACAAUGUUUCAAUCAAA